CCUACAUAUCUGCAGGCCAAAUGCCAAGGUUGUGGAGGACAUUUGUGCGAUAAAGGCAUACUGGCCUUCACUUUUCAAGACAUUCAUCCACUAACAGUGGCCUUGAAUUGAGGAGGUCUCUCUCUAAGUUCUGAAAGAGGUGAUAGAGAGGAGAAGCAGGAAUAAAUGGGGGAACAUGCAUAUUAAUACAAGAAGAGGAUGUAGAGAAGAAAAGGGAGGUGCAAAUAUUUCUACAUUUCCCAAACUAUUCACUGCCUCACAGACUGCCACUGAUCCUGACUGAAGACAGAUCUUAACUCUUCUCUCCCUCAGGAUUUCAGGCUGCAUCAAUGGAGUCUCUCUCAGUGUCAACCAACACCUUCACUCUGGACCUUUACAAACAGCUGAAUGAAAUUUCCAAAGGCCAAAACAUUUUCUUUUCUCCUUGGAGUAUUGCAACUGCUCUCGCCAUGGUCUACCUGGGUGCAAAAGGUGACACUGCAACCCAGAUGGCUGAGGUUCUUCAUUUUAACCAGACUGCAGGAAAAGAAGGUUCGUCUGAGACAACAAGGCCUUCUCUGGGGCGACCAAAGAAAAGAAAGAUGGAUCCUGAGCACAAGCAAGCUGAAAACAUCCACUCUGGCUUCAAAGAGCUCCUGUCUGCCAUCAACAAACCCAGCAGCACCUACUUGCUGAAGAGUGCCAACCGACUGUAUGAGGAAAAGACCUACCCGUUACUGCCCAAUUUCUUACAGCUCAUUACAAGCUAUUACAAUGCAAAGCCACAAGCUGUAAACUUUAAGACAGAUGCAGAACAAGCCAGAGCACUGAUCAAUUCGUGGGUUGAAAAUGAAACUGAGAGGAAAAUACAGGAUCUGCUGCCUGCAGGAUCUCUCAACACUCACACUGUGUUGGUCUUAGUAAAUGCCAUUUAUUUCAAAGGAAACUGGAAAAAGAAAUUUCUAGAGAAAAAUACUUCUGAGAUGGCCUUCAGACUGAGCAAGACCAAGACUAAACCAGUACAGAUGAUGUUUCUGCAAGAUGAAUUUUUGAUGCUCCAUGAAACAACCAUGAAAUUCAAAAUCAUUGAACUGCCAUAUGUGGAAAAUGAACUCAGCAUGUUCGUUCUCCUACCAGAUGACAUCCAUGAUAACACUACUGGUCUGGAGCUGGUGGAAAGUGAGCUGACCUAUGAGAAAUUGGCUGAAUGGACCAAAUCAGCCAAUAUGGUGAAAGCUAAAGUGGAUCUGUACCUGCCUAAGUUGAAGCUGGAAGAGAAUUAUGACCUUAAAUCCACUCUGAGCAGCAUGGGGAUACGAAAUGCUUUUGACCCAAUUCAGGCUGAUUUCACAGGGAUGUCAGUGAAGAAGGACCUUUUCAUCUCAAAAGUUAUUCACAAAGCUUUUAUAGAGGUCAAUGAAGAAGGUACUGAGGCAGCAGCUGCCACAGGUGUCCUGGUGCUGAGAUCAAAAGCACCAACAAUGACUUUUAAAGCUGACCACCCUUUUCUCUUCUUCAUCAGACACAACAAAUCACAAACCAUCCUCUUCUUCGGCAGACUCUGCUCACCCUAGUCUGAGUUACUCCUUGCCCUGCAGAGCAGGAGACACUCAACCUUGCCAGCACAGAAGCAAACACCAAAACCUGAAACUCCUGCUGCAACUGGGGGGAGCGGGACCUGAACCCUUUCUCCAUCAGACCACACGCACCAGGGCCUGAGGCACAGCUCCUCCUGUACCGCCCUCCUACCCUGAAGGGACAGACACGGCAGUGCCAAGGUGAGCGCAGGAUGCCUGGCAUGCACAGAGCAAUCCUGGUUAUCUUUCAGACCAGGCCAUUGAGGGUAGCUCUGUCCCAACCACUAUUAGCUAUGGCUUUUCUAUCCCUUCCCCUCACAGCAGCGUCUAUAAAUGUAUGCUAAUGCAGUCCCUUCUCCUCACCCUCAUGACUAAAGCCCCUGAUCCAGAUGUGGUCUUAGCACUUACUCCCAGCCCGCAGCAGUUAGUCCAGCUCCUCUUUAGCCCUUGAUUAGGUCCUUGUAUUACAGCUGGAAGCAGACCCUCCCUCCCCAAGGCCUGUAGCCAUCCCCUUGCCUUCCCUCCACACCCCAGCUGUAGGGUCUUCAUCAGCUCCCAAUUUAACCUCAAAUAAGCAUCACAUGUCACUCCACUGAUUCCCUAAAAAAAAAAAUUUAAAAAAAUAAUUAAAAAAUACACCUCUAUAAGGGCUAUUUGCAUCACUCAGACCCUCAGGUAUGCGAGGAGGAGCCAAGCCCAGACGGUCUCCAGCUACAGCAACACCUCACUUUUGUUCAAAACAACCCCCACUUCAGAAAUAAUUAUUAAUACUAAUAACCCC